GACGCCACAGACGAUGUCUGGGGCGCCGAUGACGACAGCCAUGAAACCAGCAACCUCGCCGGCGGCAGUAGACACGCACACGCGCACCCGUCCGACGUGCCGCGGCUGCAGCAGGAGCACACGACGGCGGGGUACCGCGACGGCAUCGCCGCGGCCAAGGGCCUGAGCGCGCAGGCCGGGUUCGACGAGGGGUUCGGGCUGGGGGCCACGAUCGGCGCGCGCGCGGGGCAGCUCCUGGGCGUGCUGGAGGGGCUUGCGGCUGCCGCAACACAGAUGCCAGAGGCCGAGGCUGCACGCGUCCGCGGGCUGCUGGCCGAGGCGCGGCGGGAGCUAUGCGUGCAGGCCGUGUUUGGCGAGUUGUACUGGGCGCGCGACGGCACGUGGAGCUACGACUUCCCGGAGCCGAAGCCGGGGCCGGAGCAGUCGGGCCGUGAGGGGGGCAGUGGCGGCAGCGGUGAUGUCGUGUUUGCCGACGUGGCUGCGGCGCAUCCGCUGCUUCGGAAAUGGGACGGCGUCGUGCAGGCCGAGGCGGCGCGAUACCACAUCGACUGGGACGUGAUU